AUGUUGACUCCUCUCUUAUCGGCGUGUAGUAUCGUCUGGUCUCUACUGCUGUUCGUAACUCCGGCAGAUGGAAGACCUCUCUACAGAUCGUUCCAUCCUGCUGUUCCUUGCUUCGAAAAUGAAGCUCCUGCGGAGGGAGCUGCUCCUGCUCAAGGCGAGGAGAAGCCUGCUGAGGCGACUCUCGAUGAUCAGCUCGCUUCCAUUAAGAAGCAACUGGAAUCCAGUGAGAAAGAGCUUAAGGAUUUAAAGGACAAAAAUAUGCGUCUCCUUGCUGAAAUGCAGAAUGUUCGCACCAUUGCUAAACGAGAUGUGCUCAACGAGCGUACCUAUGCUCUCCAGAGCUUCGGAAAGAACCUUCUGUGUGUCUGUGAUUACUUGAGCAUGGCCAUCACGAGUGUGCCCAAGGAUAAAGUCGAAGGAGAAGCUGCUGAUAAGACUUUAGUUUCCCUUUACCAGGGUGUGGUAAUGACCCAGAAGGAGCUGGACAAGGUGCUGAAUGCCCAGGGAAUCACAAAAUACGGUGUUGUGGGCGACGAUUUCAACCCGAAUAUCCACGAAGCGAUGUUCCAAAUGCCUUUGACGGAGGGAGCCAAGCCAAACUCUUUGGGACAGAUCAUUACUGCGGGAUAUAUGUUCAAGCAGCGCGUACUUCGUCCUUGCAAGGCUGGUGUGUUUGUGAAGGCUGAGGAAGAGAAGCAAUAA